AUGGAACCAGAGCCAUCCCUUACCACUCUCCUUGAGGCUAUCACAGCCCUCACUGCCACCAUUGGGUCCUUGCAGGACCAAAUCAAAUCACAAGGCCAAGAACUCAUCCAACUCAAGGCCAUAUGCAAGGAAACCGCUGACCUCCUUGGCAACAAGGAUCAAGGAGGACAAGCCCAGCCUGGCCCAUCAACUGGGCCUGUCACCCCUCCUACUCACACAGGAGGGGAAACCCACACUCCAGGCAUGGUUAGGCCUGGACUCAAAGCCCCCUUCCACCCCUCUAGAGGAACAGGCUUUGACUCUGAGGAGGAAGAAGAGCCAAGGAGGGCCAAGAAGGGGCCUCAAGGAACGCCUCAGCAAUGUCAGAGCCAACAACUACCACAGGUGGAUUUUAAGGUGGUCACGCCUCUAGGGCAUGACAAGCAACACCUUGGGUCCCUCACCCCCUUUGACACAGGGUCCAGCAUAAAGCAGCCCAAGUUGGACCUCCCCAAUCCCUACAAGGGCAACACCAGAGGGCGCAAGGCCACCCAAUGGCUGGACUGGAUGCUACUAUGGGUAGCCCUCCAUUGGGACCAAUUUGACAAGGAGGAACAGAUGGUUGUGUGGAUUCUCUACCACAUGACUGACAAGGCUGCCAAUUGGGCACUCCCCAUUAUGGGGACAAUUAUCAAGGGUGAAGGGAACCCACCAACCACCAUCCUGGCCUUAAUGGCCAAAUUCAGGGAAGCAUUUGCAGACCCCAAUGCCAAAAGGGCAGCCGCCAGGAAGAUAGCCGUGCUAACUCAGACAACCACUACAUCUGAGUAUGUCACCAAAUUCCGCAACCUCAUGGCAGAACUUGACUGGAACAAGGAGGCGUACAUUGCCCAGUUCAUGCGCGGCCUUCACUGGAAGGUAAAAGAACUCCUGUCCACAAAGGACAAUAUUCCCAACAACCUAGAGGCUAUCUUUGCCGCCUCUAUCAAAAUAGACAACACUUGUUGCAAAAAUGAGGAGAACCACCCUAAGAAGGCAGUUGCCAAACCCCUGGCCACCGUGGCCACUUCCACCACCACAACCAGGGUCCGCCUAUCAGAGGACCCCAACUACGUCACGCCAGAAGAAAGGGAUUGUUGCUGCGCUUCUGGACUAUGCAUCAAAUGUGGUCAGAAGGGCCAUGGGAUCAAGCAAUGCCCCAACAGCUGGAAGGCAUCCAUCAAAGAGGUAGCCAAAAUUGCAGAGGUGGAGUUGGGAAAAGAAUAG